AGGAAAUUAUAUGAAUAAAUCUACAGUGUUUACGUUAAAAAAAAACAAUAUCAACUUUAUAGCAUAAAAUUGGUGAUGACUUAAUGUUUACAAUUCCUAAAGCAUGGUAAAAGAAAUAAUCAUCGUCUUUUAAUAAAAUACAACAAAAUUACAAAAUAACAGUUUAAAAUUCGCGGCUAAAGCGCCAUCUACAAAAAAAAAUGUCGCUUCAAUCAACGACGCGAUUGGUGAUUGGUCGGUCAUUCCUAUAACGUACGUCUGUAACGUUCAAAUUUCGAACAGUCCGCCGGCGUUGUGUCGCGAGUGUCGCGACUGCAGCAGCGUUAUGGGAUAUGUCAACAACUUUCUACACCAGAUCGAGGCAUGAUGGCGAGUGUCCGUUAAAACUGUGCUGAAAAGUCGUGUGUUUUCGGGAACGGAUCCUGGAAUCAGUGCCGUGAGCAGCAUUUUCUGAUAGCCGAGAGUUCAGACCAAAAUCCAGGAAAAUGAAGUCUGCACGCAAGCAAGCACCUUCAUCGGCACGCAAGCCGCCUCGACCAAAGCACAGCAACAACAUGGCAUCAAGAGACCCAGUGCAAGUAUUUUGUCGACUGAGGCCCAUGCAGUUUCCCAGUGAUAUAUCGUGCAUGAAGAUCUUGUCGGAUACAACCAUUGUCAUAACACCACCAGAAUCUGCUAUGAACUUCAGGAAUGGAGCUCAGAAGGAAAUUCAGACUACCUUCACUCGUGUGUUCACAGAAAAUAUUUCUCAGAGGGAAGUUUUCCAAGUAGUUUCUUUACCUCUAGUGGAAAAUUUGAUACAUGGGAAGAAUGGUUUGUUGUUCACUUAUGGUGUGACAGGCAGUGGAAAGACAUUUACUAUGACAGGAGAGCCAAAUGACAGUGGUGUUAUGCCAAGAUGCUUGGAUGUGAUUUUCAACAGUAUAUCUAAUUACCAAGCUAAAAAAUUUAUCUUUAAGCCUGACAAACUUAAUGGUUUUGAUGUACAAAGUGAUACUGAUGCUAUGCUUGAUAGACAGAAUGAGCUUCAUGCUGGUAUCACGACGCCACGUAAUCCAAAGACACCUAGGGCUCGAAAAACAGUAGCAGAAAGCGAUAGUGAUAGUAACCCAAUAAUCACCAGAGAAGUAGAUGACUCCAGAACAGUUUCUGUUGAUCCAGACUAUGUGUAUGCUGUUUUUGUCACUUAUGUGGAAAUUUACAAUAACAGUGUUUAUGAUCUUCUUGAAGAAGAUGAAGUUAGAGCAAAAACUCUACAAAGUAAGAUUAUUCGUGAAGACGGAAAUAAAAAUAUGUACGUACAUGCCGUCACUGAAAUAGAAGUAAAAAGUUCAGAUGAAGCUUUUGAAGUUUUUCAACGUGGACAACGCAGACGACGUGUCGCUCACACGGCUCUUAAUGCAGAAUCUAGUAGAUCUCAUAGUGUUUUUACUAUACGUCUUGUGCAGGCACCACUAGACAGCGAGGGUGAAUCCGUGAUUCAAGACAAGCGAGUUGUAUGCGUGAGCCAGCUAUCACUGGUUGACUUGGCAGGCAGUGAGCGCACGAACCGCACGAAGAACACAGGCCAACGUCUGCGUGAGGCAGGCAACAUCAACAACUCUCUCAUGACACUACGAUCCUGUAUGGAGACACUCCGGGAGAACCAGAACCAGGGCACAAACAAAAUGGUGCCUUACCGGGAUUCCAAACUCACGCAUUUGUUCAAGAAUUAUUUUGAUGGAGAGGGACAGGUUCGGAUGAUAGUUUGCGUUAAUCCACGAGCUGAUGACUACGACGAAACUAUUCAAGUGAUGAAAUUCGCCGAGAUGACCCAAGAAGUGCAGGUGGCUAGGCCUACUGUGACAAAAUUGGAUCUUGGUUUCACGCCCGGUAGACGGCAGGCCAACAAGAUUUUCAAAGAAGCUCGGAGCAGAUUGGAAAAAGAAGGCCGUACAGAAGCUGCAGAUUUGGAAGUCGAUAUUGGUUUAGUUUACAGCCUUGGCGGACCAUUCCCAGAACUGGAAAUCACAAGCCCACACAACGAUCAAAUAAUCGUAACUUUGAUGAACUUUUUGGAGCAGAGAAUAAAUAAAAGGAAUUUACUGCGCGCUGAUCUAGAACAGAAACAAAACGACUUUAGAAAAAUGUUGUUAAACAUGGAACAAGAAAAUAUGAAUCUCAAAGUUGAAAACGCAACUUUAAAGGCCUCUGGGGCACAGCAAAAGAAAAAGGUAUCUGCAUUAGAAGGUCAUUUGUGUAAAACAGAAGCUCAAAUCGAUAGUUUAUUACGAAAACUCAACACAGCAAAUGAUACUAUUAGAACUCUUCAACAAGAGUUAAAAGAUCGAGACUUGGCGUUGAAUCAGCGAAUGAUCGACAAACAGAGAGUGAAACAGAAGUACACAUCCAAAAUGCAACACGAAACCGAUAAAAUGAAUCGGGAACUUGAAAUGAAACUGAAAGCUCAGCGCGAACAUCUUCAGAAUCAAAUGAAGGAUAAAGAGGACAAACUUCGUCUUGUCAAACAAAUUCUUGUAGACGACAAUGGCACUAUUCCUGUGCUAAAAGACUCGGACGAUGACGCAGGCCAGCAGCAACAGAUGGUCACAAAGACACCAGGUCGACCGGAUAUGCGAUCGCGCAGGGAUCGUGUAGGAGUCUCAAAUCCUCGCUACAGGCGUUCUCAAAGUGCUGACCGAUGGGUCGACCAUAGACCUGAAAAUCUUGCGCCUCUUGGAACAGUUUUACAACCACUUAUGAGGCGACGAAGAAGUAUCACAAAACUUACAAGCCCUAAGGAGAUAACCGAUGGAGCUUCGAGAUAUUGCCUUACGGCGCAGAAUCAAGACUCCGAGGGUGAACUUGAAACAAAGCUUUACAAAGCUGACAUACUGCCGACCAGUGGUGGUGGAGCCCAGGUCGUAUUUAAUGACAUUGAGUGUCUCAAGCAGAUGUCGCCCACCGGUCAGCGCAAGCGAAGCUGUCCGCCACCUGAUAAACCAGAUGGUAAUCAUGUCAGCGCGAAUUAUAUAAAUCACUGCGCGAAUCAAGAGAUGACAUCCAAAAGACCUAGAAAAUGAUCGGUAAAUCAUCGUAGUAUGUACCAAAAUGACGCAUUUUGAAUAUUUAUUGAUUGAAAUUGCACUCGAAGGGAGUGAAUAUUUAUAUAUACUUUUUUCCACCAAGUAAUUUUUGAAUUACGAAAAUUACUCACUUAGGACUGUAGUAUUAUUUUAAUUUAUACGAUACGUAUAUAGUUUAAUAAUGAGGAAGAAGUAUGAAUUAACAACGUUUGAAUUUAAUUUUUAUCCUCAGGACAUAUUUUAAAUUUGUAAUAAAGUAUGUAUUUACACACGUAUUUUAUGAUCUGAGAAAUGUUGAAAUAUAGUUUUUAUACAUUAUUGAGGUACUUAAUUGUUAUAUAUCCUAUAUGAAA